UAACAAUGUAAAAGUAGAGUUUCGAAGGCAGCCGGAAUCGGGAUUCUGAGUUGCGCGCAGAGCAGCGAGCGGCUCGGUCGUCGUCGAGGUCGUCUCAAAAACCCAGCCCAGCCUCCCUUUCUCCGGCCAACCAUCGCGAACCUGUCCGGAUCUGCCUCUUUUUCUCUUCCUCUACAUCUCUUGCUCUAUCUCUACUUGCUCGACUGAACUACUGAAACAAUGAGUGGCCGAUUCGUGAGAGCGUCAAAGUAUAGGCAUGUCUAUGGACAGCCUACCAAGAAAGAGCUCUGCUAUGAGAACGUCCGAGUCACUAAGAAUGCCUGGGACUCCAGCUUGCUCAAAGUCAACCCCCUCUACAUGUCUGUGAACUGGGACGCCUCUGGCGGUGGUGCGUUCGCAGUCAUCCCGCUCUCGGAGCGCGGCAAGGUUCCCGACGUCAUCCCGCUCUUCCGCGGCCACACCGCCGCCGUGCUCGACACGGACUGGAACCCUUUCGACGACUCGAUCGUUGCAUCCGCCUCCGACGACGGCAAGGUCGGGAUCUGGAAAGUGCCCGAGAAUUUCACUGUUCAGACCGCUCCCGGCGAGCCGAUCAAGGAUGUCGCGCCAGAGGCGAAGCUGAGCGGGCAUGCGCGCAAGGUCGGACAUGUGCUCUGGCACCCGACCGCGAACAAUGUGCUUGCGUCGUCGUCGGGAGAUUACACGGUGAAGCUGUGGGAUAUCGAGAGCGGGAAGCCCAAGACGACGUUGAAGCACAGCGACAUGGUGAUAAGCAUGUCGUUCAACUACAUUGGCUCGUUGCUCGCGACCACGUCGCGCGACAAAAAGAUCCGCAUCUGGGAUCCGCGCACGGAGAAAGUCGUCGUCGAGGGACCCGGCCACGCGGGCGCCAAGAACCAGCGCGUGGUCUGGCUCGGCGAGCUCGAUCGUCUGGCGACCACGGGCUUCUCGCGGAUGUCGGAUCGCCAGGUGGCGCUGUGGGACACGACCGAUAUCAAGAAAGGUCCGAUUGGGGAUUUCUACAUGCUCGACUCGUCGGCGGGAAUCUGCAUGCCGUACUACGACCCGGGCACAAAGUGUCUGUACCUGGCGGGUAAGGGCGACGGCAAUAUCCGGUACUACGAGUACGACAACGACGAGCUGUUCCCGUUGUCGGAGUACAAGUCCUCGGACCCGCAGCGCGGAAUCGCGUUCAUGCCCAAGCGCGGCGUCGACGUGCGCGAGAACGAGGUCGUGCGCGCGUACAAGACCGUGUACGAUACCGUGAUUGAGCCGAUCCAGUUUAUUGUGCCGCGCCGGGCGGAGAUGUUCCAGGCGGACAUCUACCCGGAUUGCCCGUCGAGCGAGCCCGCGUUGACGGCUGAGGAGUGGUUUGGCGGGAAGGACGCGGCGCCGAAGGUUAUCAGUCUCGAGGCGGUGUACGAAGGUACCGUGCCUGUUGCGGUUGCGGGCGAGAUUCCUGUCGCGAAGGCUGUUGAGAAGCCUGUUGAGAAGCCUGUCGAGAAGCCUGUCGAGACGCCUGCGCCGAAGAAGGAGGAGCCUGCGCCGGCGCCGCGGACGGUUGUGGAGGAGAAGAAGACUAUUGAGAGUGCGCUUGCGACGCCAAAGGUGGAUGAUUUGCUCGCCAAGGCGAGCGAGGCCGAGGACGCGCCUGUGCCGGCUGUGUUGGCGAAGGAGGAGUCAUCGUGGGAUGCCGAGCCCGAGCCUACUCCUACUCCCGCUCCUGUUGCUGCUACUCCUACCCCGGCGCCAGUCGUCGAGAAGAAGGAGGAGCCUGCUCCUGCUCCUGCUGCGGAGAGCACCCCUGUGCCCAAGUCAGGAGCGUCGGGUAUGCUGGCGAGCAAGCUUGAGGCACUGCACAACAGCAUGUCGGACACGAAGAAGACGCUUGAGUCUUACGAGGCGCGGUUCACGGAGGUUGUGCUGUCGAACGCGCAGGAGCUUGCGGCGCGGGAUGGUAAGAUCCAGGCGCUGGAGGCGGAGCUUGAGAAGUUGAAGGCGUUGGUGUUGGGGAAGAGUGCGGUGGAGACGAACGGAGAGGAGAAGGUUGAGGAGAAAGUUGAGGAGGAGGUGAAGGAGGAGACGAAGGAGGAGGUGGAGGAGGAGGUGGAGGCGAAGGAGGAAUAAAUUCGUAUAAGAUGAGGGGUGAAUAGGAUAUGCUGUAAGAGAUACGAGUUGUGGUUUUGGCCUUUCUAAGA